CAAACAAACAAACAACCCAAAAUCGAAAAAGGAAACGCAAAAGCAAAAAUAAAAAAUAAAUAAAAAUUAUCAGAGAGAGUUUUAGAGCCAGCCAGCCCUCACCUGAGAAACUAAAACAAAGAAAACCAAGGAACAAAAAAUGGAAGCAGCGAUGGGAUUGAUGCGGAGAAUGCCUCCCAAGCACACCGAGACGGCUCUCUCCGCCCUCCUCUCCCUUAUGCCCCAACACUCCUCCGAUCUCCUCUCUCAAGUCGAUCAGCCCCUCCAGGUUUUGUGCGAUAUGGAGUAUGGGAAGGAGUUCAUUUUGUGUGAAUAUAAUAGAGAUGCAGACUCUUACAGAUCACCUUGGUCAAAUAAAUAUCAUCCACCAUUAGAAGACGGCAGCCUCCCGUCUGAAGAGUUGAGGAAACUUGAAAUUGAAGCAAACGACAUCUUUGCCAUUUAUCGUGACCAGUAUUAUGAAGGUGGAAUUUCAUCAGUUUACAUGUGGGAGGAUGAUAACGAAUGUUUUGUAGGCUGCUUUUUAAUAAAAAAAGACGGCUCCAAGACAGGUCAAGGUCGCAGAGGUUAUCUGCAGGAGGGGGCAUGGGAUGCUAUACAUGUAAUUGAGGUGGGUCCGGAGGAGGAAGGAACAUCCCAUUACCGUUUAACCAGCACUGUCAUGCUGUCUCUGACUACAGACAAUGAGUCAUCAGGCACAUUCAGUUUGUCUGGAUCAAUUAGACGACAGAUGAAUAUGCACCUCUCAGUUCAAGAAGGUCAUCUUUGUAACAUGGGAAGAAUGAUCGAAGAAAUGGAGAGCAAGCUGAGAAAUUCACUGGAUCAGGUUUAUUUUGGGAAGACGAAAGAGAUGGUUUGCACUCUACGACCACCAUCUGAAGUAGUGAUGAGACUGCCUGACAGCUGAUGUGGCAUUCUAUGUCCUAUCAAUAGGGAGAACAGUCACCAGGCGUUCGUUGUCAUAUUUGCUUAACAGGGUGAUUGGUGUUUUGGUGUAGUUCGUAUGUCAUUAUCCCAGUUUUUGAAAUGUUCUUGCAAUUUGAUUUGCUCCAGUUGGUGGCCUUGUGCCUUUGCACAGUGGAGAAGAUGGCUGGUUUGUCAAUUGAAAACGCAUCAUGGAUUUUGUAUUUUCAUAUGCCUUAUCAAGUGUUUUCUUGAGUUAGUUUGUUAUGCCUUUUCUUUUUGGUUUUUUUUGGGUGUGAGUAAUAGAAUUAUUCUACUGCCAGGUCAAUUUAUGUUACAAUUUUCAUAUUAUUCCAUAAGCUGGAUCAUUUUAGUAGGCUUGGCUGAAAUAUAUAGUUACCCACCCAUAUUUUCCAUGA